AUGAUCCCCGUGAUUCAUCGCGUAUGCUCUACCACUGCAACCACUACCACAGCCAUAAAUCAUCUCAUAACCAACAACGGAAACUGGAUGCAUCUCAAAUACCAAAAUAAAAUUCAAGCCAAAUGCGCCCUCAACAAGAACGGACGCAUCUUUCUCGGUAACAUCAUGAUUGGCGUCCGCCGAUGCACCGACAUGGAGGUAAUGCGAAGCUCGGCUGCAAUCACUCUGAAUGAUGGGCUGUCUGUCAAGGUUCCCUCUGACGAAACCAAGGUCAGCAUGCGGCCACCUGGGGCCGACUUCCGAUCUCCCGGUCUCAUGGUUUCGCCGCUACGCGAUGUGGGCAAUAGGCGUGAUGAUCUAGCCAACCACAGCUUCACCGGC